AUGCAGCUUUGGCUUCCUACAUCUCCAGAAGAAGUUACCGCUUCAUGGCUCACUAAAAUACUCGGAUACAAGGUCAAAGCUGUCGAGCAUACAAGCUCGAUUCUCAAAGCAAAUGCUAGCAAGCUAUUUGUCACUUUGACUUAUGAUGACGAAAAUGUAGAUUCUAUGAAGUCUGACGAGAAGAACCCUAAUAUUAACAGACCGGAUAAAGUUUGUAUUAAAGGGGGGUUUAACAUGGUCCUCAUUGAAUUAUACCCUAAGGCUCUCAUUGGGGGGUAUAGACGCGAGGCCGAAUUUUUUAGCCAUGUCGCGUCAGACUUCACAUAUAUCGAUUUACCAAGGUCAUAUUGGGCUGGUCAAAACAAGGCUCAGGGUCUUGUGAUCAUGGACGAUCUAAGGGCCCUCGGAGCGGAGUUCGGAGAACCCACUAACCCUUGGUCUGUCGAACUUGUCAUGGUGGGAGUUGAGCAGCUUGCAGGUUUGCAUGCGGGAACUUGGGCUCGGGGUUGUUCCGAUUACCCGUGGGCUGGCCCGGAACACUACGAGGAACUCAUCUGGUCCCUCGUUAAACUAUGGGAUGACCUCAUUCUCGGCUCACACAGGCCAGUAAUUCCUGAAGCCUUGAAAGAUGAGAAACGGAUGAGAGCAGUACUCCAAAAAUACUUCACAUCCCGGAAUCCCAAGUUCCAAUGCCUAGUACAUGGCGAUGCUCAUAUUGGCAACACAUUCCUUAUCAAAGGAGAACCGCGAUUCCUCGAUUGGCAAGCAGUUCAUAUUGGCUCUGCCUUCCACGACGUUUCGUAUUUUAUAGCUGGCAGUUUGACCGUCGAAGACAGACGAGAGCAUGAGAUGCGCAUUCUAAAUCACUACCUCGACGAGUUGAAUAUAUACGGCGGUGCAUCCCUCUCGAGCCAGGAUGAAGAUCUCAUGGUGGAGUACCGAAAGUCCAUGCUCGCAGGCCUGGUUUGGCUCUUGACACCUUAUGAGUUGCAAAACGAAGAACGCGUUCGUGCAAUGAUUGAGCGGCAAGCUACAGCCCUAAUAGAUCAUCAAGUAAUCGAGCUUAUAGAAUCCCUGCCUGAUGCGUAA